AUGCUUAUUUGCUAUAUUUUGGUGUGGAUUAUAAAUUUAUAUGUUGUUUCGUCGUUAUCUUGUUAUCAAUGCAAUUCAUCGCAUCAUUCUAAUUGCUUAGAACACUUAACUGAUUUAGGCAAACAUUCACUUCAACCAACACCUUGUACAACUUAUGGAGCACGAUUUUGCAUAAAAACUACUGGAAUCUACGGAGCUGUCAUGGGUAUUACACGAUUUUGUAGUGCAUGGGAUAUGGGUAAUGAAUGUCAAUUUUUAGAUUUUCCUGAUCAUGAUCGUAUGUAUCGUGCAUGUGUUAUGACUUGUUCAACAGAUGCAUGUAAUAUUAGUACAAAAAGUAAUGUAACCUUCUUAUCAAUCAUAACAGUAUUGUAUAUAGUUUCUAUAUAUAUUUCUAUUCUAUGA